CAUAACGUUGUCUAUAUAUACCCUGUAGAACCGAAUUUGUGUGGUAUCCACGUAGUCACAGAUUCGAUUCUAGGGGAAUAUAUGGUCGAUGCAAAAACUGCACAUUUCUCCAAAAUAGCUAGAGUCAGAAGUGGAGGCAGAGGCCGCCAGGCGCCGAUCAGUGGCCUCUUUCUGUCUUUUUACCUUGGACUCCAGGAGCAUCAACUAGCCUGGUGACAUAGAGCAGCCUGUCCCUCAAGAAGCUAGUCACCUUUAAACAGAGGUUUCUGUGGGUGCUGCAGAGAACCCUAAUUAGCUGGGUGAAUGCUAGGUAUUGGAGGGUUGGAGAGCAAGAUGGGAGGUCAUCUAACCCCAACCCCAGGUCUGUCCCCCAAGGGCUUCCCAUCACCAGCUCCCUGCAUUUAGGAUCUGGUGUGAGAAGAAGGCGUGUGGGAACUUUUGGGACACAUUUGGGUGAGGUGGGAGUGCCCUCACCACCCCUCCGGCUCGCCCCUAAGCAACUGCACGGGCCCAAGGCGGCGGGAGUAUCUUGCCAUAGCCGUGAGACUGGCUUUCGCUGGGAAGAGCCGAGCCUGGGCACCCGCAGAAAGCUUGGCGGUUACUCAUUGCCUAAUUUGCUUCAGGCUGGCCGAAUUCUGGUAACUUUUGGGUGACCCUGACGAGGACAAAGCCAAGACGUGGCCUUUGUAUGGCAGAGUCCCCUCUCGCGGGCUAGUCGGGAGGGAGCUUUGCCCGCCUGGGGCCCUCUGCCCAACUCGGAGGCUGUCUUGCCUGUCCGCCCUGCCUUCCGCAUCCUGCGUUUGGGAUGUGGGGACUCAUUCCCCCUUGAACUGUGCCCACUCUUUGGGGGGCUGCUUUUAGGCAGGGGUGAGUGGAGAGGGCACCGAAGGUUAGCAAAGUCAGUGGCAGACAAAAGCUGGGAUUACCUGCAGGGAACAGGGGCGCUGGGGAUUGGAACUGCGUUAAUAUCUAGCGGGUGCCCUCAAAAUUUGCUGCAGCAAGUUGCUUUACUACACGUAUGUUAUUUAGUUAAAUUUGUGAAAAUUAUGAGAUGCUCACCAACCCGGUGAUAAACUCGCUCCCUCGCCAUUGGCUGCCCUGGUCACAUGGCCGCCCAACUUUAUUCAGUUGACAGCAAGUAGGAGGGCCCUAUGGAAAGGAAAAAAAAGACAACACGAGAAAAAUUAGUAUUUUCUACCUUCUGAAAUUAAUGGCCAUGAGUUCGUAUAUGGUGAACUCCAAGUAUGUGGACCCUAAGUUCCCUCCGUGCGAGGAAUAUUUGCAGGGUGGCUACCUAGGCGAGCAGGGUGCUGAUUACUACGGCAGCGGCGCACAGGGAGCCGACUUCCAGCCCUCGGGGCUCUACCCGCGGCCUGACUUCGGUGAGCAGCCCUUCGGAAGCGGCGGCCCCGGGCCGGGCUCGGCGCUGCCCGCACGGGGUCACGGGCAAGAGCCGAGCGGCCCCGGCGACCACUACUGCGCCCCGGGAGAGCCGUGCCCGGCGCCCCCGGCUCCCCCGCCCGCGCCCCUGUCGGGCGCCCGGGCCUGCAGCCAGCCCGGCGGCCCCAAGCAGCCACCCCCCGGGACAGCACUGAAGCAGCCGGCGGUAGUCUAUCCCUGGAUGAAGAAGGUGCACGUGAAUUCGGUGAACCCCAACUACACCGGCGGGGAGCCCAAGCGGUCCCGGACAGCCUACACCCGGCAGCAAGUCCUAGAACUGGAAAAGGAAUUCCAUUUUAACAGGUAUCUGACGCGGCGCCGUCGGAUUGAAAUCGCCCACACCCUGUGUCUCUCUGAGCGCCAGAUCAAGAUCUGGUUCCAGAACCGUAGGAUGAAGUGGAAAAAAGACCACAAGCUGCCCAACACCAAAGGCAGGUCCUCUUCGUCGUCGUCGUCUUCCUCGUCCUCCUCCUCAGCCGCCCCCAGCCAGCAUUUACAACCACUGGCCAAAGACCACCACACGGACCUGACGACCCUAUAGGAGUGGGGACCUUGGGCCUAUCCCUCCCUGUGCUCCUGGCCGAGCCGAAGCUACGGGGGCAGCCGGGCCUGCUGUCACCUCGCUGGGCUCUAAGGUACUGUGGGGGUGGACCUGGGACAAGCAGGCCGCCCUCGGACUAGGUUAGCAUCCUGCCCGAGGGCAGCCCCCUCCCUGGAGAGGGGAUGGGGGUGGGAGGGGAGCGGGAUUCUCUCUUUAUUAUUAUAUGACAAGAGCUACUGAGAACAUAAAACCUUGGGGAGUCAUUAAACUCAUGAAAAUCUCA